UUGGCAGACUAGGCACUCCUCUUAUGUGAAUAACCAAUACGAGGACCAACAGGCAAUAUGACAAUGUGAAAUCGAACUGCGACUUAUCCAUAUCUUGGCUGGGAGGAUACAACUCUUCUGUCGAAAGUAAGACUAAAUCAGCUAUGUAGUAUCAACGUCUGGAAUUCGGCUGUCUAAGACUGUUUUUUUCUGCAGGCAGGAGUACGGAAUGAUAUCAUCUGGUCAGGCUUUCCUGGUGAGACUGGGAAUACCGUGAGAGAACUCGUCUCCAGCAUGGGGUGUGCUUGAGUGGCCAGUGGCUUGUGUUGGGGUCCAGGCCCCUGGCGGGAUGCUGACGGCUGGUCGGUAUGACUCCGCUGGACCUGUGGCUGUCACGCUCCAUUCCCAUGUGCCUGCUCCUCCAGAGCCUGUUGCUCAUGGCCCUGUGCUUCCACUCGGCCAGCAUGUGCCCCAAGGGCUGCACCUGCAAACGUGCCGACCCCCUCCUCCAUGGACUCAACGUCACCUGCAGCCAGUCCCGGCUGAAAGAGAUCCCCCCAGACCUUCCCUCCGACACCGCUCUCCUCAGACUUGACCACAACCAGAUCAGCGCCGUACCCGACCGCGCCUUCCAGGGCCUGAGGCUGCUGCGGGAGCUCAACCUGUCCUACAAUGCCGUGGAGACCCUGGGGGAGGGCUCCUUCGGUGGCGUGGAGGCCACAUUGCAGCUGCUGGAUCUCUCCCACAACCGCAUCACUAAUGUACACAAGGACGCUUUCGCCCGGCUCAAGGCUCGUGUUCUGGUGGACGAUAACCCCUGGCACUGUGACUGUGCACUCCAGCAGGCGCUGGGCGGCAUGGCCCACAACCACGAGGCUGCGGCCCGGGUCCUCUGUCGGAGCUCGGAGCUACGUGACCAGGAGGGACGUCCCUUUCUGGCAGUGGACACGGACCUCUGUAACCUGGCCAAGAGGACCACUGACUACGCCAUGCUGGUGACAAUGUUUGGCUGGUUUGCUAUGGUCAUUUCAUACGUGGUGUAUUACGUUCGUCAAAACCAGGAAGACGCCCGCCGCCACCUUGAGUACCUCAAGUCUCUUCCCAGCAAGCCCAAGAAACCAGACGAGGCAGAAGACAUCAGCACAGUUGUGUGACAUCACGUAACAUGUGACUGCAUGACAAAUGAACCCUACAUGGGGGGAAAAAAUUUGAUAGGACCCACAUUUCUAGUAAUGUUACCAACAGUCUUCUGUCAAACUGUGUUGUGUUUUGUCCCCACUGUGAUAUGAUAUGAUGUGAUACAAAUGAAAUCGGGAUACUGGGCAGUACAAUAUUCUAAACAAAUAUUUAUAAAUUGUUGAGAUACUUUUUUGAUGACUUCAGAGAAAUACCCACUUUUAGCGUUCACUCAAAUCUAAAGAAAAUUCUAACAAAUUAAGUAUUAAUUCACUUAAGAUAAUGGCAGGAAAUGUAUUAUCUACGUAUCAACGUUUCUAAAAUGUGUUAAACUCGGAUUUUGGAGUGCUUUCAAUUUUUUAUCUCAGGUUUGAACUUGUAUCUUUUUAAAAUCUUAAACAUUUUAGAAAUAUCAAAUUCUGGAAAAAAUAUAUUAUCGGACAACCACUUUUGUAAGGCAUAACCUGCACACUUGUAGGUUACUGUGCACUUCCUCAUUAAAAUUACUUUUAUAAACCAUGGGCCCAAACACAAUGAAAUUACCUUUAAUCUCCAUAUAACAGGGAAUGGAAUGGUUUACAUGCAUAAUUAAUGACCUCACUGAUGUUGGCUGCAGAACACUGGUAUGAUGUACAGUACAAUGCACUCCUUCCUUCAUUUUGUGAAGUUAACGAACUGUACUGUAUGUUCUUGUUGUCUGUAAAUGACAAAGCUAAUCUGUUGCAUCUUUGUUGAUGUGUGAUGGUCACAUGACAAAGCACAGUGGUUUAUGGUAGAUGUCAAACGUCAUCCAAAAGAGUCUGAGGAUUAAGUGAACUCUUAGUGUUUGUGGUUAUCUGGUCCAAGUCAAUGAGAAUCAGUGAUGUUAAUCGUUACAUGUUAGUGCAUUUGAAAUACUGAAACACAAGGUGCAGCAGUUUCCUACGUAUUGUUCUGAAGUUCACUUUUACCACAAUGCUUCCUGUGAAAGAAAUUCAACUUCGCAGAUUGAGUCUCACCGUAAAUUUGUUCACAAACAAAAAUGCUAGAUUUUCAAAUGAGAUUGUAGACUGUAAUCAUUUCAGCUAUGAAAUAUCAACAUCCGUAUUCCAUCCAUGUAUUCAGUCCUGCAGAGAUGCACGCGUCAUUUACCUUGCAUUUAAUAACACUGUGUGUACAGUAAUGUUCCAGGCAGAGUAUGAAAAGUAAAUUGCAGCUGUCAUUUUGUAAUGGCUUCACAGUUACAAGCUCUGUAAGACACACCCAAAAGAGAGAGAGAGAGAGGAACAUCUACGCAAAAGAGGACAAUAGAAUUAGAUGAUCACGGGAGACCAAAUGAAAAAAGAAGACUUGCUGGAUGUCAUUUGGCCAGUCUUUGUGGGGAUCAUACACAAACAAUCAUUUGAGUAUUUCAUGAGCGCGGCUUUUUCAGCUACAAUGAAGUCAUACAGAGGCCUGUGGGAUAAGGAGUUUCACGCUCCACAAUUGUUAUGCUUGAAGAGCUACAGACUGAGCUACAGUUGAAGACAUGAUAUGAACAUACAUGGCUAGAAUGCACAUAACACCGUGCAAAUGUAAAUAGAAACAUUGUAGUCAUGUGAAUUACUUGAAAUCCCUUUAAAUAGUUGUUCUUGAAUGUGCUGUAGACAUUUGCCUUGUCUUGCAGAUGAGACCUCAUAGUGUCCAUGAAGGGUUCAGGAGUUGUCCUUUAUUGCAUGUUCUGCACACGAAGCACAGUGGAGCCAAGAACUUGAGAGCAUUUCUAAGUGCCUGAAAUACUUCUCUCACACUCUUUCUUUCCAUUCAACCUAACUUCAUUUUACUCGCUCCUUCCCGAACAUGAAAGCACAGCCUUUUACUGGCAAAUGUUCUUGCAUUUUGGAAUCCAAUCAUGUCCAGGAGGAUUUCUCAAUCCAUCCUACAGAAGAAUUACUGAAUGAAUUUGUUAUAUUUUAUGGCUCUGUAGUACUGAAAUCGACCAUCAUAUCAUAUCACAGCUAAACGUUCUUUUGUAACAUCAAAGCAGCUUUGUGAUGGUCUUUUUACCAAUAUAAUUUUCAGGAGGCAGACAUUACAAUGUCUAAUGUUUUGAAACGUGAUCAUAUUUAAGACCUGGAACUGACUUCCAUUAAUACAUUGUAAAGGCAUGUCAUAGAUCAAAGAAAAUAAAGGAAAUGUGUCAAUUAUAAUUUAAUUGUUUUGUUUUUUAACUCUGUUUUGGGGGCAUAUGAUGUCAUAUCUACACUACGCAAAUAAGGAUCUACUGUAUGAACUACCAUAAGGAGAUGCUUUUUCCGGUAAUGUGAUUUAAUUUAGAAUGUACAACACCUAUCCUGUUAUUUGAUUGUGAGUCCACUGUGAUUACAGAAGAUAGCAGUUGCAUUAUUCAGCAGCUGCACUGCCCUCAGCGUUAUUGAUUUAAUUCGUACAUUCAGAACAAAAACGAUUUAUUUUCCGCUUAACUAAAUGUUUAUCUUGGAAUAAUUUGAAGAUUUAGCUUUUUCUUUGUCCUACCAGUUUGCAUAUGACCAAUAAUAUCGGUCACAAAAUGCAAAGUACUACAUCAUGAAUAAGGCAUGUCAAGAAAACUGACAACGAGCCAAUCUGUGGUGAAUUGCAAGGAAGACAAUGGCGUUUGAAGUGAGACAAGAGGCCGCUUCAAAGGUUUUGCUAAAAGCUCCAAUGCUGCCAUACAUGAGUGCUCAAACAAUUACUUGUGUUUUUCCUUGACAGAGGUACAUCUGUACAAUUACCUUCCGCUGUCAGCUGUUAAGGCCUGGCUGCCUGUUAUGGAUUGUCUCUUGAAUUAUAAACUGUCACAAGAUUAAACUUAGACCUUAGACCUAUUUAUAGCCAAGAGGAGGUUUACCCAGAGUUAUGCUUCAAAGUCACUAGAAGGCCCCAAGCACACACAUGUAGUAAGCAGUAAGGAAAGUUUAGACAGUGAGGAGGUGGGAAAUUUGUGAACUUGACACUUGAACAGUUAUUUUGAGGAACUUGAUUACAUUAUAUUUCAAAUACAUUUUUAAGGAUGGACAUCAGUUACAAAACAAUCUUUAAAUACAAUUGUUUUUUGUAGUCAGUCCUCUAUUGAAAAGAUACUGAACAAAAUAGCUGCUUGUUUUUCCAGUAUACUGUAGCGGACAGAGAUGAAAAGUUGACUUAAAGUUAACAUACUUUACCAUAACUUCUGCUACUGUUUAAGAUCCCCUCUAUGAGUUUGUAAAAUUGAUUACUAAUAUAAAAUAAGGGGCUCUGUCAUAGUCAUGUUUUGUGGAGUCUUCACUUCUGGACAAUUUAAGCUAUUUGUCACAACUAGUACACAAUUAGACCAGAUUAAUAUAGUAAAACACAUCUGAUUACAUUUGGUGCACUACGAAAAUGUCACCUUUCCAUAAGAGAUUAAAUCAGUACUUCUACUAUUAAACUAAUAGCUACUCUGUACCUCAGGUUAUUAAAGAUGUGUCCCUAUCUCUACCCUAUGUAUCUCGCUGUAUUGCAAUCUAACGCUAUAUUGCUGCUGUCUUCUUGAUUAAUGUACCUGAUGUGUC